GCGUUUGACACGUUACAUGUCUGUUUGACGGUAGUCACGGAUCGAGAAGUUAACCGUACUUCUCCCCACUGCUGUCUCGUCAACUUGUUGUCCCAUGGCAGACCGGAAUGUCACAAACCCGACAUCGGAUGAAUUCGAGUUCUUCAUCAAACUGCAACACUGUCUUCUAGGCCUCUACGCUUGGGAAUUUGUUAUCUCGCUCGACUUUGAUUGGAAAGUUAUCGCUGGGAAACAUGCCUUUCGAUGGCCCUUGUUUUUUUAUUUUGCUGGAAGAUAUUUGAUGUUGGCUGCAUUAAUAGGAAUCAUAGUCUCAGUUGACCCUCCCACGACGCUAAAUUGUCAUAAUUUGGUCACAUUCAACGAGUUAGCUGCGAGCGCUUCUCUUGGUUUAGCUUGCAUCAACUUGGCAGUUCGCACCAUUGCCGUAUGGCACAAUAAAUGGAUUACGCGGCUUGUGAUUCUUCUCGUCCUUGGGCAUUGGUCACUGGUAUUGCAGAGCGGCCUCGUGAUCACCUCAUGGACACCGACCUUAGGUUGUGUAAUCGUGGAGACCAAAAAUACUAUUCUCGCUGCGACGUCCUUGUAUGCAAUGAGCUUUGAUUUCAUCGUUCUCUGUCUUUUGGCCUAUAGGCUGGCCUUUGCCCUUGACCCGAUAUCGAUCGCCUCGGGUAGACUCGCGCGCAGGCUUAUUUCUGAGGGACUCAUCUAUUUUCUUGUCUCUUUCGUAUGCAAUUCUAUCUCCUCGCUGCUCAUGAUUAUUGUUGUCUACGACCCCGUGGUGGCCGUGAUUUUUCAUAUCCCUGCCUGCGUUGCGUCCACGAUUGCAUCCUCGCGAGUCGUUCGCGGCCUCAGCACAUUCAAUGCGGAGACGGGAAGAGUACACACCGAUAUUGGCAGUGUUCGCAACACGCCCGCACUCGUAGGGGGGACUAUCUCCUCCAGAGGAAAUGUGCGCACGGACCGAGUAGAUGACGUUUGCAUUGAGACGGGGAAACUUUCAUCAAUUGGAGCAGAAGCCGACCAGGGCAUAUGCAGGCAUGCUGCAGAAGUUAGUGAAUCAGAUGAGAAGUUGUCUGCAGACGGCAUGGUUUAGACAAGUUGGUUGCUGUCAGACUGCGUGGAGCCUUCUGCAGUUGUAAUUUUACAAUUGUUAUGGAGCUUAGGUCCUUUGAGCUUUGGUAGCACUUCCCUUUCGCUUCCCAUCUCUCCUUGAUUUCACUCUGUAUUUGUAUCAUCAUCAUGUGUGCCUCGACCUGACAUUGUACACUUAUGGCAUUAUAUAGGUGAGUUCAACACCUAUGUAUGUACUGUACCUCCAAUUUGUUCCGGUGGGUAUGAUGGUAUUGACACGUAGAUCUUGGUUAUGGGUAGAAUAGGUUAGCCACGAACAAAAAUUUUUUGAGGUCCUGCCAGGAUUCGAACCUGGGUUUCGGGAACAUCUUAUAAUCAGAAUCCCGAGUGAUGACCGCUACACUACAAGACCA